GGUCUCUCACACACAACCAUCUGCAACAAUUUAUACAGAAUAUUUUAACUUCGUUUGUUCUCUCUGCCCACUUUCUGGAAGGAAACGGCAUGUCAUUACCAUUUUGGCAAAAAGAAGUACCGUGAGGCGAGGGGAGGGACUUACAACACCACACCCUCCACCCCUCCCCGCUGAGCGGGCUCGAGUAGGAAUCGCAGCCGGCAGCCCGCGCCUAGGCCCCGGGCUCUGGCCGUCAGCCGUUCACAGCGCUUGGCAAGAGUGGGAGGGGUUUCGAAAGAGAAGGACAGGAACAGUCCACUACACCCCUCCGCAUUGAAAGAGCAGCCGAAUGAGAUACGUUGAUCCAAGAGAUUAGAGACUGAAAGGUUUCAGGAGAAAAUAAGUUUACCACGGGAGCAAUAAAUAAGUAAAACCAUGGAGGGAAGGAAUGAGGCUUCAGGUCCUUCUAGGGGGAAGGAAAAGUCCGGUAAAAUGAAGAAAAGCCUGGAGGAAGGAGAAAAGAAAACCAAAUUUACUUUUAAGAAGCUGAUUCCUGAUGAGCUGGAACGGUUCACCAGCAUAAGGAAGAAGGAGAAGCCGUAUGUUCAAGCAAAACACCCAUCGACACCAAUUUAUGAAGAUCAUCUUUCUGCACUGACUUUGCUGUCUGACCGCGAGGUGCUGGAUCUAUUUGAGCAGAUGUUGCUUGACAUGAAUUUGAAUGAAGAAAAGCAACAGCCAUUGAGAAACAAGGAUAUGAUGAUAAAAAGAGAAAUGGUUUCACAGUAUCUUCACACCUCCAAAGCGGGACAAAGUCAGAAAGAAAGCUCCAGAUCACCAGUGAUGUACAUCCAAGAAUUGAAGUCAGGAAUACGAGAUAAUCAGCUGCUAAGUUGUUUGGAAUCUUUGCGUGUUUCUCUCAGCAAUAACCCAGUGAGUUGGGUGCAGAACUUUGGAACAGAUGGGCUAGCGACACUGUUGAAUAUAUUGAAAUCAUUGCAGGAUGAGCCGGAACCUUUAAGUCUGAACCCGAAAAUUCAACAUGAAAUUAUUAGAUGCCUCAAAGCUUUUAUGAACAAUACGAAUGGGAUAAAGAUGAUGUUGAAUUCAGAAGAUGGCAUUCUACUCUUGGUCAAAGCUGUAGAUCUUAAUGCUCCAGCUAUGAUGAUUGAUGCUGCCAAGCUGCUGUCUGCCAUCUGUGUCCUGCCAGGACCUGAGAAUAUGCAUGAAAAAGUACUCGAAGCAGUGACAGAGAGAGCAGAGCAGAAAGAAUGUGAAAGGUUCAAACCACUGUUGGAUGGAUUGAAGAUCGAACAGAGCAUACCACUAAAGGUGGCAUGCAUGCAGUUUGUUAAUGCCCUCAUCAUUCCUGCAGAUGAACUUGAUUUCAGGAUUCACUUGCGGAGUGAGUUCAUGCGUUUGGGCCUCAAUUGGAUAUUACCGGAAUUAAGGAAAAUUGGAACUGAAGAACUUAAUGUGCAACUUUCUGUGUUUGAUGAACAUGCAGAGGAAGAUUCAGAAGAUUUAAAAAGCCGUCUGGAAGAUAUUCGAAUAGAAAUGGAAGAUGUGAAUGAAGUCUUCCAGAUGCUGCUGAACACUGUGAAGGACUCCAAAGCAGAACAAUACUUCCUAUCAAUCCUUCAACACUUGCUUCUUAUACGCAAUGAUUAUCAAGCCAGGCCACAGUAUUACAAGCUUUUAGACGAAUGUGUUUCUCAGGUAGUUCUACAGAAAAAUGGAUCUGACCCAGACUUCAAAUGCAGAAAAGUCUCUCUGGAUGUGGAGCAUUUAGUAGACAACUUGAUCGACAAAACCAAAGUACAAAUCAGCGAAACCAAAGCCGCAGAAUUGGAAAAAAAGCUUGAUUCGGAGUUGACAACUCGACAUGAACUGCAAGUGGAAAUGAGGAAAAAGGAAGCAGAUUUUGAAGUGAAGCUCUCAGAACUUCAAACAAAGCAUCAGGUGCUAGAAACAAGUAAAACUGAGGUGGAGACUGAAUAUAAGAAACUGCUGAAUGAGCAUACCCGACUAAAGGAUGAGAACACACAAUUAUCUAAAGACUUGGAAGAUACAAAGACAAAGCUGGCCAACAUUCCAAAAGUGUUACCCCCACAACCAGAUCAGGUUAACAGGCCGUUACCCCCACCAGCACCUCCAUUACCAGGCCAGCCAGGAAUUCCUCCUCCACCACUGCUACCAGGGCAAGGCGGGCCACCACCACCUCCUCCUCCUCCUCCACCACCUCCAUUACCAGGACAAGGUGGGCCGCCGCCGCCGCCUCCUCCACCUCCACCGUUACCUGGACAAGGUGGGCCACCUCCCCCACCUCCAUUACCAGGACAAGGUGGGCCACCUCCCCCACCUCCAUUACCGGGACAAGGUGGGCCACCUCCCCCACCUCCACUACCAGGACAAGGUGGGCCUCCUCCCCCACCACCUCCACCUGGGUUUUCUGGAAUGCCGCCUCCACCACCUGGGCUGUUUGGUGCUCCUGUUGUUGCAGCUGCUCCCGUUUUACCAUUUGGACUGUCAGCCAAAAAAGAAUACAAACCAGAAGUUCAACUCAAAAGGCCUAACUGGCCAAAAAUUAUGCUGAAGGAUAUGAACGAAAAAUGUUUCUGGGUCAAGGUAAAAGAAGACAAAUAUGAAAGUAAAGAGCUGUUUGCAAAACUCACCCUCACAUUCUCAGCACAGACCAAGGCUAAGAAGGAACAACAAGACAUGGAUGAUAAGAAAACAGCACAGAAGAAGAAAGUUAAGGAGCUAAAGGUGUUGGAUGGUAAAGCAGCUCAGAAUCUAUCUAUCUUCUUGGGUUCCUUCCGUUUGUCGUACGAUCAAAUCAAAAAAGCAAUUCUUGAAGUGGAUGAAAAGAUUCUGACUGAAUCAUUGAUCCAGAACCUCAUUAAGCAACUUCCCCAGCAGGAGCAGUUGAGUGCCUUAGCAGACCUGAAGGAUGAAUACGAUGACCUCUCGGAACCAGAGCAGUUUGGCGUAACUAUCAGUUCUGUGACCCAUCUGAGACCUCGAAUGAAUGCAAUACUAUUUCUGCUCCAGUUUGAAGAGCAGGUGAAUAACAUUAAACCAGACAUCGUAUCAGUGAAGGCAGCCUGUGAAGAAGUCAGGAGCAGUGAUAAUUUUUCCAAAUUAAUGGAAAUCGUCUUGUUGGUGGGAAACUUUAUGAAUGCAGGAUCACGGAAUGCUGGAGCAUUUGGAUUCAGCAUCAGCUUCCUUUGUAAAUUAAAAGAUACAAAAUCCACAGAUCAGAAGAUGACACUCAUGCACUUUAUAGCAGAAAUGUGUGAAGAACAGUACCCUGAAAUUAUUCACUUCACAGAAGAGCUAAACCAUGUGGAAAAAGCAAGCCGAGUUUCUGCAGAAAUGUUACAGAAGAACCUAGAACAAAUGGGGAAACAGAUUGCCAGUUUGGAAAAAGACAUCAGCACGUUCCCACCAGCCAAUAACGAUCAAGACAAGUUUGUAGACAAAAUGACCAGUUUUGUACAGGUUGCAAGGGAGCAGUUUGAAAAACUAUCUGAAAUGCAUAAAACCAUGGAGGAGGAUUUUGUAGACCUUGGACAAUACUUUGUCUUUGACACCAAAAAAAUAUCUGUUGAGGAGUUUUUUGGUGAUCUUAGUAACUUCAAGACUAUGUUUUUGCAAUCGGUAAUGGAGAACAAGAAACGGAAAGAAGCUGAAGAGAAAAUCAAAAGAGCCAAACUAGCCAAAGAGAAGGCAGAAAAGGAGCGACUAGAAAAACAGAAGAAGAAUGCAGCAUUUGACAUGAAUGCGAAGGGUGAUGAGACCGGUGUAAUGGAUAGUCUAAUGGAGGCACUUGAAUCAGGAGCUGCCUUCAGGAGAAAGAGAGGUCCACGGCAAGCUGCUAAUCGAAGAGGCAAUGCUAUGACCUCUGUUCUUGCCAAAGAACUUACCAAGGACGAUGCCAUCAGUCAGACUGUAAGUAAGAAACAGAAAGUAGAUAAUGAAGCUAAAAAAGUCACAACACCGAUGGAACAAGACGAGAUGUUGGAGAGCAUUCUUACACGCUCCAAUUAAACCCAUAGGAAAAUGCCUGGAAUUUAAUAUCCUGUGCCAUAAAUUCAUCGAUUUUGGUUUGAUGUUUUUGAAAUAAUCUCAGUGUGUUAUAGUUGGAUUUUUUGGGACUAAUUUAAUCUCACCUGCACAUGGUGUCUCUAGCCAGACUAUGGUGCAGGUGGCUUCUUGUACAUUUAAAAUGGGGCAGUGCGGCUGAUACUUGAAUGCGUAAUACUGUUCUCUUAUAUAAAUUUUUGGCAAUGCUGCAGUGCAGAUUUUGUCUCGUGUAGAUGACCCGCUCAUAUUUUGGGUGCCUUUACUUAUUUUCAAGUUUUAAGCACAUCUGUUGAUUCUCAUCUUUGGUGAGUUUUAUGUCAAACUCACGAGUUAUUGAGAUAAAAAUAAACUUGUUUGCACAUCAGCCUCAUAGGCCACUUAAAAUAAAUCAGUAGGUGUUUCAAAUCACAUUUAUUCUUAAUAGUGUUGUAAAAUAUUUGAUUGGAGAUGGAGAGGAAACAUUCUUAUUGUAUCACAGAUUGCACAUGACUAUUAAUAGACAUGUGGUAUAAGAGCUGACAAUAAAUAGCAAGCCGCUAUAGUACAGAAGCACUUGACCCAUCCUUUUUAAACAUCAAUGUGCAGCAUUGAGAGACACAUACAGUAUAAAAACAAAGUGUUGAUUAUUUUAUGAACUAUAAAGCCAAAAGUUUAAAAUAAAUAGUAAUGAUAGUCAUUAUGUUAUGAAGUUUGAGAGGCAGAAAUUCCACUGUGCUUAUGCCAUUUUUAAUACUAUAGCCUCUUUGCUACACAGCUGAAUUUUUUUCUUUCUCUCCUGCCCUGUCCACUGCAAUAUUGGUGCAGUGACUCUGAAGCUCAGAAAUUGGAAAGUACUCCAGCAUUUGCUUUUUCAGCUCCACUGCACUUAUGAUCUUGCACCUUACAGAGGUGGUUUCCACUCUGAUAAGGAUCACAUUUUGGAAUUUUCUGACGAAUUAACCAUUGCCAAAAUGGCAUAUAUUACUUUGAAAGCUGUAGUUAACUUAUUUUUUACUUAUUUUGAGCCCAUUCAUGAAUUAGUAUGGCAAACUGUGUUGCAUGAUUCCUAUCACCCUGUUCACAUGAAGCUUCCUAAACUUUGCUGGAUCAUUCCUGUCUGUUUGUUUUCUCUCUCAAUUCUAUUUCCAUUUCUAUUUUUAUGCCUUUGACAAAAUCCUAAAAAAAGUUCUGUUGCAACAGUUGGGUUGGUCUAACAUCCACGAUCAUCAUCUAUCAAUGCCCCUGGGGGGAGAAAACAAGAUUUCUUUUACCAAAUUACAUGAUUUGUUAUGUCGCUGUUGGAAAAUAUUUCCCCCUUAUUUCUAUUCUGUUCUGGUCCCCCAGUUUCUACUCUAAUCAUUGUUUCUGUAGGGUAAAAUAUAGUCUGUACAUGUUGGUACAUGUUUGUUGUUAAUAUUCAUGACAGUUCAUCUAGUUUAGCUGAGAAAAUGAUCAUUUAUGCAUUCAAGGUCCAUUCAAUUAAAUUUCCUUCCACGUACAACAUGUCAUAUCCACACUGCAGGAUGGGAAAUGAGGAAACAAUUCAAAACAAAGCUCUAUCACUUUCUCACAACUUGAAAUUAGAGAGAAAAUGAGAACUGGAGGAAAAUGCCCCCAGAUGUGCCUUCCAUUAAUUGACUAAAAUAUUACCAUUGUUCAUUCUAAAACCUUCGCAGUUAGGGUUGUGAGGUUUUAAAUCCUGACUAAGUAAAUGUUUGACCAUAAUACUUUCUCAACUACUAAUUUAUUUUAGGUGGCUCUGACUUAACAAUUCAGGUGAUAUACUGCUGUAUUCUUUCUGAUUGAUCCCUGCUGAGUCCCGUCAUCUGUACAAAGUGAUGGGAAUUGCCUUGGGGUUCAUAGGAUUUUACUGCUGUGUUUUGACAUGCUCUGGAGGAUAUGUGAACCUUUUCACACCUUGAUCAAUAGCUGUAACUUCUCUACCAGCUUUUUUGGGGGGUAGUUAGGAAUAUUUUUCCACUAAAUAGUUUUCUUUAAGCUUUGAAAAUAUCAAGUGAUUGGGGUGCAAUUUCACUUUUUCAAGUAUUUUUCUUACUACCUACAAGCAAAUCCGCACUUUACAGGUGAUUCUUUUUACAGAAUUUGUAUUUCAAAGAUUUAAAUUGUAUUUGACUAGUAGAACCUCUGUAUAGUUCACAACAUGUACACUUGAGGUGCUCUGAUGAAUGAAAAAUGGUUAAUUUGCUGAAGAAUUAUAUCACAAAAAGCAUCCACUAGUCCUUGACUUUCACUGGCAUCUGGUUAAUUCUCCCUUUUAAUUAUUUACUGCCUUCUGGAUUUGAGCAGUUCAUGCAACUAGAAUCCUUUCAACAUGUAAACCUGUCUCAACUUGUUGGAACAAAAUCCAUUCAGCUAUCAGAAAACUGCAAUUGCACUAAUUCAUGGCAAUCGAUAAAAUUGAAACAUUAUUUGAGUAAUUUUUUAAGAGAUUUGUAAAGAAUGUUUGAAAUCCUUAGUUGCAUAUUGUCAAAAUUAAACAUACAUCAAUCCUGACCAGGACUGUACGUCAACCUCUAAUAGUUUCCUCUAUUUGUCACAAGCAUCUUAAUGUACUGUCCCAGGUAGGUCUCAAUUUUCCAUUCAAAGCCAGUUUCUGAGCAGUAACAAAUCACUUGCCCUAGCACAGAAGUUGUUAGAUUAUGACGCUGUGAGUCAACUCUAAUUUGAGUGAUUUGAACUGUCCACCUAGUAAAAUCUACAAUACAGAAUUAGUUCAUGACUAAAUAACUGUGAAUGUUAAACGUCAGUCUAAUGUACCACUUGGGAUCAGGUGCAACUGGAAUUUCCUUCCUUCCUUCCUCUUAGAUCAGUUCUGUAUGCCAAGUGAUUUUGUUCAACCAAAGAAUAUUCAUUGUCCUGCAUUGUAAUAUAAUUGCAGUGUCACCAAUAUUGUGUCAUAACACUGGUUCUUCUGCUAGCCCAUGUCAAAACAUUCUUAGUUUUUAACAUAUGACUGCUCCUUGGCAUGAGCAUUUUCUAAAUUUUAUAUAAUGUCAUGAUUAUGGGUCGGUCAAGUAUACUGAACUAGAGCCGGUGUUGUUAUUUUGCCUUUCUUUUAUCUUUAUUAAUUCCAGCCAUUCCCCCUCUGCUGGUAGUGGGCUUUCAUCAUUGACGCUGUAAUGUGGAUUCUUGGUGCUUUAAUGUUCGGUGAAUGCACUGGAACUUGAAUGCAUUUAGGUCCAAGGGAAGUGCUUUUCCAUCCACCAUAAUUGUUACACUUAAGCAAUACUCCAGGUGUUUUUUUGGUAACUAGGGCCGUAGAGCUUAGACAUUCUUAAUGUGUAAAUGGUAGUAGGCUGGCCUCUAUGACUUUAGAAAGGACAUGGUUCAUUAAGGACCAGGCAAUUUGGGGUAAAGUUACAGGUGAUUUCAUUUCUUUUGGGAUGUGUGAGUUGUAUAAGAGAGUAAUUUGUUUGAAUUAUUUCAACUUCGCCCUGAAAGGCACUGCCCCUUGCUGGAAACAGUUCUCUGACAGGCUUUCCACCAUUUUCUAAAUUGUCAUUCUUUCCUACAUGUGACGAGGCAGUUGAUGACUAACUGCCAAUUAUUCACCCCUGGAGAGAAUCACGACUGAUCCAAUUCUUAAAGUCUCUAUGUACUGAACACUGGAUACUCCAGAGUUACAUUAAAAAGCUGCACUGAGUGAAGGAAAAGUCCUGCUGGAACAAUUCAUGAAUAUGUACUGUAAAUGUGGCUAUUGUUGACUUUAUAUAUUGAAAAUGCCAGAAUUCCCCUGAAACAAAUGCUAUUUUAAGCACUUUGAGGAUGACGAUGAUGAGGUAAUCAUAAGAAAAAGUGGUAUCAAAAUAAGGAUUCAUCCAAAUGAACUAACUAAGAUAUGAAAUGCAUGGAUUUUUGAGGAGGUGAUGUCAGACAUCUUUUUAUUCUACUGACUGCUUUAUGGAAGAUCUGAGAAAUACAUGUUCCAUUUAUAUAUGACUCUUGUAGGUUUACACAAUUACUGAGCCCUGUAUGUUGAUUAAAAUUGUCACCUAUUUCGAAUCAUGGGUAGGGUACCAUAGAGUAGUGCCACUACUAGAAUUAUUUCCUUUCGUUUUGAAUAUGUAAAGGCUGCAAAGGAAAAUACUAGGAAGUUGUAAAGUGAUUUAUUUUCUGCAAUUAUUUCAUAUAUGUAUAUUAUUUUGAUUAUACAUGUUCACAGUUUUGUUUGAGAAUAUGUCUACGUUAGUAAAAGUUGCUGGUCAGCUAGUUUUGAAUUUCUCUUGCCUGCCAUGCUAGUAUCCUGUUUAUUGCAAUGUUUUAAAUAUAGGAUCCCCACGAUAACAUCUGUUGUUUUCCUGGUCUCUACAUUUUCUUCAAUGCUGGAAUCUUGACCAUGGAAAGAGUACCUCUGCAAAACGGUUGGCAGCAAACUCAUGUAACACUUAAAGGUAUAAAUUUGGGAACAAAUGUCCCAAGUGACCUUGACCCAUAUAACUCACCAAUACUGAGAGGAGCUGAACUCCUGAGUUAGACUCCUACAUACUAGAACUCUUAAUUUCUCUCCUCCAACUCUCAUCAUUUGCCCUACUGCUUUAUGCAUCUUCAAAUAAAUAAAGAAAUAUGUAAUAAAUAAUUUAGAUAUUUUUAGAGUUAUGGAUGGCAUUAUAUAAGGGUCACGUGUUGUGGCUUGAUGGUGUAGUGAUGUAUGCUGCUUCAGAAGGAUUUUCUGCAAGUCACUGCUGGAAUAGAACUAUAUCAGAGAAUGAAUGUAAUUUUUACAAUAAUUCUACUGUAGAGUGACUGUUUAUAUCCAUAAUUUGUAAGUAAGUCCAAUUGGAAAGCAAUUCCAUCGGGUUUACCAGGCAUCAUGUAACAUGAGUGUAAGUGAGGAAUGUCCUGUAUGCUACUACUAAUACCUGCCCAGGGAUAACCUGUCAAAAUUGUUAUUCAUUCAGUGUUGCGUUAUUCAGAAAAAUGUUAUUAAAUGUUGUCAAACCACUGUUGAUUUUUAUUAGAUUGUUUUCUAUGUGCAGUCAGGAAGUUGCCUUCACAAUUAAUUAGCUACACUGGAGGAUCGAAUGCAAGAAAAUUCCAGAAUAUUGUGCUGUUUUCCUUAGUAAUAACGAUGGUUUGUUUUAUUUUACUGUAACAAUGUCACUGGAGCUGUAAGGGCUAAAUUAGUAUUAUUUAUCCUCCGCAAAGUCAAUGAAACUGUAAAAUACACAAAAAUCAGCAUCACUUUUAUAGGUUCUCUCUCUCUCAACAGCAUUUGAAUGUGAUGAAAUAUGUGUUCUAAUUGUUUGGAGUAAAAAAAACUAUGGCCUGAGGUAUUUAAAGCUUGUGACUAUUAAGCCAUUUCAUCUCAUUUCAUAGUGCAGGCACCAAGAAUCUAAAUGGGCCGAAGCUGAGACUUUUAAAUUUAAGGAAUAUUCUGAAAAUAAUGAAAUAUGCUUUCUUUUCCAGGAAUUUUCUUUUUUCAUACAAAUUUGUUUCUUGCUUUGAUAUCUAAUUGUAUCAGAUUUCUGAUUUGAAUUGUAAAUAAUAAAAAAUAUUUUAUCAAA